AUGACCUACGCCUACGUCGGCUGCUACGUGCACACAGGCACGCGCACCUCCACGACCGGCCUGGCCCUCAACAACUACACGACCACCUUCGCGGCGACGGGCAACGACCAAUGCCGGCAGCGCUGCGCGGCGGGGAAUUGGAAUUACUUCGGGACGGUGAAUGUUGGUACCGCGACGGUGGAUUGUUGGUGUGGGAAUGGGAUUAAUUAUGUGACUUCGCAGGGCGGUUUGCUUGGUUCGGGACAGGUCACUGGGGAGGCUGGGGAGAAUAAUUGUCCUUCUUGUAUUGGGGGUGCGACGCCAGGCAGCGUGCCAGGGGCCUGUGGCACGGCGACGGCGACGGCGGGGACGUCGAUGGCGAUUUAUGCGAGGGGGUUUUGA